AUGUUGCAGAAUUGGGCUGAAUUGGUUCCGAAGCGAAAGAACAUUCCGCCAGCCGAGUGCCUCAACUACGACGAGUACGAGUUUUCCAGACUAUUUCGCGCCUGUGAUAUCGAUAUGCUGCAUAUUGUGAAUAUAAAAAUGUCGGAAGAGUUCGUGAUGUCAUUCCUACGAAUGGUGGCUGUGAACCAGAUCAGGAAUCUCCAGUUCAACUUUGGGAUCUGCCACUUCUCCUGUGACCCAAGCACUUUCUGCCGACUCAUGGAAGUUGUCCAGUUGAAAGAACUGUGCAUCAUGAGCAGUACAGAGGACGAUGAACAGUUCUCUGCCCGUGUUGUCGCUUCUCCCACGGCAAACAAGUUGAAUCGCCUUGCCGUUGGGUUUCCGUCGAGGAUUUCUGAUGACUACCUGCUCUCCUCGAAUCAUAGCUGGCUAGCCGUCAAGGAUACCAACGUCAGCGCAUCGGCUAUUCGGGCGUUCAUACUGGAUUGGAUGCAUGGGCGGAGAUCGUUCGACUAUAUGGGACUGAGCACGAGUUGUCGUCUGGAAGCCGAUCGGAUACUGGAGGAUUUGGAAUAUCGCCAAGUGGACCAUUUCACUGUGAUGUUGAGCAGUAAACACGGUGAAAAGAUGGCGCUGACGAUUGAAGAGAACGCGUUUGUUAUGUACAAUAGGAAUGCCGAGAGAAUCAUGUGCGAAAUAGAGAGUUAG